AUGUCUACUGUACCACCAGGCGGCAGCUAUAUGUCAGACCUGAGCGGUUCAUCUUAUGUGUACACUAUGACCGGAGGCUCCUCGAUGCCCGCUGGAGGCAACGCGGGAGGCGGCAGUGCGAUGCUGUGCCGUACUUGCGGUCUCACACCAACUGUCAUUACUGGAGCUCCUUCUGGCGGCGGCGGCGGCUCAAUGCCUUCUGGUGGUGUUGGAGACGGUUCCAUCACAAGGGGAAUGUGCACACGCCGCCCAGGCCAUGGAACGACGGUCCUUACGACCACGCACACAAUCACCAGCUGCAUACCGAACGUAUGUCCCGCCUCUGGCUACAUCAUCGGCGGUACUCCUGGCCAGGGUGGUGCCACUAUCGUGACCACUACAGACAAUCAUGGCCAUACUGUGACGUACACACAGAUUCGAACCGGCUCUGGAGGAAGUGGGGGCAAUGGCGGCGGCUCUGGCGGUGGGCCUAUUCAGACUGGGCUUCCAACUUGCCCGAGUAGCGACAACUCUCAAUUCGUUUCACCUAUGGGAAUGAUCUACCAGAUUGAGUGCAGCACAUACUUCACCGACGAUUCACUCGACAUGCAGACGCAAGAUUCCUUAGCAAGCUGUGUUACUUCUUGCGAUAUGUACAACAUCAUGUCUUUCAUGAUCUCAUCACCUUGCCUUGGCGUUAGCUGGUAUAGCAAUCGGAAAGAUGAGAACUGCGAGCUCAAGGCCGGCAGUACAGGUAUUCGCCAACGCGGCGUGGACAGCGCUCGAUUGGCGACUCCUUACACUCCACCAGGGGGCGGUGGGAAUGGUACCGGUCCAGGCAAUGGCGGCAAUUGGAACGGAGGCUCUGGAAUUACGACGGCAUCUCCUGCUCUUACUACUGUCGUUACUGGAGGAUCUACCUACGUCACAGGUGGUUCGACUGUCGUUGUCGGCGGCUCGACAGUAUUGUCCACCAUCGUGGAUGGAGGAUCUACCGUAGUAUCAACAAUUUUCAGCGGAGGGACUACGACGGUUGUUGGAGGCUCUACCUACGUCAGCGGUGGUUCUACGGUCGUUCAAACUAUCACUGUGGGCGGUGGCGGAAGCGGAGGCAAUGGAGGCAAUGGCGGAGGAUCUGGAAACGGAGGCGGCGGCAACGGAGGCGUGGGAACUGGACCAGGCACCGGACUUGUACCCACGACCGAGUACAUUACCCGGACUGUCUACAGCACGAUUGUGUCGAACGGGGUGACCCAGACAACAGCCGUCGGUGUAUCGACGGGAGUUAGCAUUAUCUACGUUCCAGCCCCCACUCAAACAGUGGCCGGAGAUGGUCCGCCUGGAAAUGGUCCCGGAAAUGGACCAGGAACGGGCCCAGGCACAGGCUACGGAACCGAAGUCUCCCUCGUCCCCUACACCGAAUACGCCGUCAGCACACUCGUCAGCACCUACGUCUCCAACGGCGUCUCCUACGUGACUUCGUACGGUGUGACCCGCCUCGUCAGCAUCGUCUACCUUCCUGCCAGCACCACGACUGUCACAACAACAACAGUCAGCGUCAGCGUGUCGAAUCAGAUCUCGACAGUCACGGGUCCAACGGUCACCGCAUCUGCUCAAGAGAUUACGAUCACGGCUGGACCAGGGCAGUACAUUACUGUUACGGCUCCGGCGACGACAGUGGUGAGCUAUGUGUUCCCGAGUAGCUCGAAGAGCAGUUUCACGUGCAGGACUUAUGCUACGAAUUACCUUAAUGGACGGGGCCGGCGGACCAACAAGAGGAGUGUUUUUGAUGUUGAUGAGCCGUUUGCUAUGGGAGAAAUGGCGAGGCCGAAGCCUGGUGCGGUUCCACAGCCGUAA